GUUGUCAAUGGAAAGUUUAUCAUUAAUUAUUGGUAUUCUAGUAUUUAUUUGUAUUUGUUUAUUUUUAUUUAUUUUACAUCAAAGAACAACAAAUUCUAAACAAUCUUAUCCAUAUACUAAAAAUUUACGUCACACGUAUUUUAAUUCAUCUAUUAUGAAAUGUAUAACAUUAUGUAAUAAAUUAUGUUAUUCUAUUAAAACAACACAUCAACAUGAUUUUGAAGCCAAUAAUACCAACAAUAAUAUAGAUCAUACGUGCAAUGUUAAUAAAUUAAUCAAUCCAGUAAAUGUUCAUAUCUCUUCUUCAACUAUACUUGAUCCAGAUCAACAAACUGAUAGUUUAACAUAUGAACCAAAUAAAUGUAUUGAAAAUUAUAAAAUAUUUCAUAAUCCUAUUUAUUAUAAUAAUAAUAUUAAUGGAAAAUAUUCACAAUCAUCAAUGACAAUUGAUCAUGAUCCUAUAAAAAUUCUCUUAUUCAAAUCGAAUUCAAAUCUAAAUUCGAAAAAUUACUUUAUACAUAAAACAUCUGAUUCAUCAUUAAGUUGUAGUUAUUUAAAUGAUAUUACAAAUCCAUUUGAUAUUACUGAUAAUAAUUCAAGUAAUUUAAAUAGUUUAUUAGAUAAAAUAUCUCAGCAUAAAAUUCAUUUUAAUAAUAAUAAUUCACGUAGAUUAGAAUGUAAAAAUUCACGAACUAAAAUGUUAGCAAUGAAAUAUAAAAAUUAUUUAUAUAGAAUAAAACAAUCAUCUAAAUAUAAUGAAUUACAUUCAAGAUUACAUGGAUUAUCUAAUAUAAAAACAAUUGAAUGUGUUCAACAGCAAGAGAUGGCUUUCUUAAACAGUGAAUCCCCUUGGGUGAAGGCAAAUAAUACAACACACUGUAGUUCAAGCAUUACAGGCCAAAGUAAUCAAUCUAGUUGUUCGAGCAAUGAGGAUGAAAUUUUACUGUCUAUCUGUCCAAAAGCACGUGAUCCAACUAACAUUCUGGCCGACAUACAUGUUCCAUUGAAUAAAAUUAUCUUCAAUAAUGUGGUUCUGCAAGGAACAUUUAGUCAACUGUAUGAAGGAAAACUCUUGGUAUCAUUUCGAAGACAUGGUAUUUGUACAAGUAAAUGGAAGCAAGUAUUAAUCAAAACACUAACUGAAAAAGCCACAGCAGAACAAGUAAGACUUUUCAAAAGUGAUGCAUGUAAAUUUGUUGGGGCAAAACAUUCACAUAUAUCGUCCAUUAUUGCAGCUUCGAGUACGUCAGUUUGUGUAAGUUCCAUAUCUAAUCAACAAAUAAUCAAUCAACCGAUUCUUAUUUAUUCAAACGCCAAAUAUGGAAAUUUAAAAUUGUUCUUGCAAAAGCGAUCAAAUGGGAACAUGAGACCAAAUAUGAUACUUACAGCUGCUCAACUUAUCAACAUGGCUUUACAAAUUCUUAGUGCAGCAGAUUAUUUGCACAGUAUAAAUGUGAUUCAUGAAGAUAUUGCAACACGAAAUUGUCUAUUAAAAUGUAGAACACGUGUAGCUCUUAGUGAUUCGGCACUCAGUAGAGAUCUAUUUCCUGAAGAUUACCAUUGUUUAGGUGAUAAUACAAAUCGCCCAGUGAAGUGGUUAGCAUUGGAAGCGUUGAUCGAAAGAAAAUAUACUAUGGCAACAGAUGUUUGGUCUGUUGGAAUAACGUUAUGGGAGCUUAUUACUAGAGGCCAACAACCUUAUGCCAGUAUAGAUGCAUUUGAAAUGACAGCUGUACUACGAACCGGAUACAGACUGAAAAAACCUCAUAACUGUCCAGAUGAUUUAUGGAAAAUUAUAUUUGCAUGCUGGAAAACAAAUCCUUCUGCUCGACCAACAAUUCGUCAACUUAUUGCCAAAUUAAAAGCAUUUAAAGUUGCAGUAACCAAUUAUAUUUAA